CUUGUACUCCUUUCGUGAUGAGCGCCCUCUGGAAAUGAGCCCUAGCCUCGCCUGAGCCUCAUUCUGGUGACGAGGUCCCGCGCAUCGUGACGUGUGCCACCACCAUGAUAAGCGCCCGCCGAUGUCUGCACGCGGCAGGCGCACCUUGCCCUCAUCCUCGUCCACGACUUUCAUAAUGGCUGCUCUUCUAGCCCCCCUCGUCUCUAUCUACAGCUAUAUCCUCGAGCCCAUCGCACCCUUCACCUGGUUCGGCGUCGGACUCAGCACCCUGGAUGUCCUUGCCGCUGCGCGCCUUUGUGUCGCGCUCCGCCAGAUGCGCGAGGCGCUAUACAAAGAGCACGUCCGCAAGCAUGGCAGCCCGGUCGGUGUCGAGCACGACAAGUCCUUCGUGCGCGAUAUCGUGACGACGUGGACGGUGGUCUAUGGAGGGGAGGCGGUCGCCAAUACUAUGCUCGGCACCCCUCCGUCUUUUAUGGUAUCUGGCGUGGUGCCUGCGUUCUACGCCGCGAUGCAGUGGGCGGCGGACUCCCUUCCCGCCGUACCAGCACCCUCCAGGGAGCUCGAACUCCCGCUCUCCAUCUUCGAUGGCUUCUCGCGCGCGUUCCUCUUGUGCAACCUCAUUCCCCCGGUUGUAGUAGCGAACGCGCAACCUGCGCUUGCCACCUCGGCAUGGACGCUGCUCCUCGCAUCCUUCAUCACUGCGAACGGCGGCUUCUUCCUCACGAACAUGCUCUCCUUCCUGAACCCUACCCCACUGUCCCUUCAGACCCCGCCCGAGCUGCGCGCGUACGGCUGGGCGACAACCGAUCUGUGGUGUGCCCCGCUCGUCACCGGCCUCUUCGCGCUCCUGACGCACGCACAACCGUUCUGGGCGGAUGCACAUAACGUGCUGUCUGGAGUCUUGAGCACCGCAGACAAGCCUGUGGAGGCUGUCGACCCGGAGACGGCGAGGGCGGCGUGUGCGUUGUUGCUAGCCCUCAUGUUCUCGGUGAGAACGACGAAGAACUUCCCGGCAACGAAGAGGAGUGUGGAAGCUAACGGGGACUCGAGCGAGGCGAAGAAAACCCAGUAGGCAGCGAAUCACGGACGAUGUAUAGACUUGCAUUGUUAUACGUCCAAUCUAUGUUGUACGUAUCAAUCCAGGAACAAGACAUUGCCCAAUCCUGUGUCGCCACUGCGACCAUAUACAUCGGUCUCCUUGCAAGCGAAGCACGCUCGAGGA